GUCUAUAUACAUAUAGAGUGUCGCCUUCUAAAAUACGUACAGGGGGCAUUCUAAACAGACAACUAAGCGAUUUCACAACAUGGGCAAGAAAAAUAAGAAGUCCGCCGAACACAAAGAACGUGUUGCGGCGAAACAGAACAAGAAAGCUGCCCAGAAAGAAAAGAAAACUAAGGGCAAGAAGGGACGGGAUGCAGACAGCGAUGUAGAAGAUGCAGAUCUGGAUGCUAUCCUAGCGCAAUACGCUGAAGAGCAGGCUAAAUUCCUCAAGGUCACCGAAAUUGCUUCGGGACCACCUUCUCCUAGGUCUUCCGCAACUGUGCUAGCAUCCCCCUCAAAUCGGAAUGAAUUGUUGGUCUUUGGUGGAGAGUACUUUGAUGGCACUCUUGCUACCUUUUUCAACAAUCUCUUUGUGUACAACAUUGACAAAGGCGAAUGGAAAGAGGUCACUAGUCCCAAUACUCCCCUCCCUCGGAGUGGACAUGCUUGGUGCCGUGGAGGGAAUACUGGCGGCGUCUAUCUUUUUGGAGGCGAGUUCUCAUCUCCAAAGCAAGGUACCUUCUAUCAUUACAAUGAUUUCUGGUAUCUCGACCCAUCAACGAAAGAAUGGGCCCGUCUUGAGACCAAAGGCAAGGGUCCUCCAGCCAGAAGUGGCCAUAGAAUGACUUACUACAAGAACUACAUUAUCCUCUUUGGUGGUUUCCAGGACACCUCGCAGCAAACUAAAUAUCUCCAAGACUUGUGGAUUUACGACUGCUCGAAGUAUACUUGGUAUAAUCCUAUACUGCCCCCUGCAUCACAGAAACCUGACCCUCGCUCUUCUUUCUCUUUCCUUCCUCACGAAGCAGGUGCAGUCCUCCUAGGUGGUUAUUCCCGCGUGAAGGCCACCACUAGUGUAGGAGGAAAACACAUGAAGGGUGGUGCUCAGCGUAUGACUAUGAAGCCUAUGGUUCACCAGGACACCUGGCUUCUUCGGAUCACACCACCUGCCGCCGAUGCUCCUGCAUCUGCAACCCCCGCAAUCCGUUGGGAACGCAGAAAGAAGCCUGCAAAUGCCCCGAAUCCACCCCGCGCAGGUGCUACUAUGGCGUAUCACAAGGGUCGAGGCAUCAUGUUCGGUGGUGUCCAUGAUGUGGAGCUCAGUGAGGAGGGAAUUGACAGUGAAUUUUUUAAUACAUUGUUCGCCUGGAAUACCGACCGGAACCGCUUUUUCCCAUUGAGUCUCCGACGCCCAAGGGCACAGGGCAAAAAACAGGCAAAUCAGAUUAAGUCACGAGACCGGACUAAAGCUGAUGAGGAAGAGCUGCUACAGAACCUUAGGGCUUUGGAGGCGAAGAAAGGCAUUCGGAGUCAGGACGACGACGAUGAGAUGGAACUCAAUACUCCACCAGUUGAAGAGGAAUCUGAUAAGCCUGAGAAGCCCUCGAUUGUUCGCUUCGAAAUGCCUCAUAUGCGGUUCAACGCACAGCUUACCGUACAGGAUGACACUCUUUUCAUAUUCGGUGGUACCUAUGAGAAAGGUGAUCGAGAGUUUACAUUUAAUGACAUGUACUCUAUCGAUCUCGUCAAACUUGACGGUGUCAAGGAGAUCUUCUAUAACGAACCAGAGAACUGGAACCUCCUUAACGAAGAGGAAGAGAGCGACGAUGAAAUGGACGACGACGACGAAGAUGAUGACGAGGAGGAGGGAGAUGAAGAGGAAGAUGCAAUGUCACUGGAUGCUGCCUCCCCCGCACCUACAGAGACAACGGUGCCAUCCGUGACGCAAGAGAUGGAGCAGCUCGAGGUAGAGGAGCCAGAGGGAGAGCCAUCUGUACAGGAUAGUAGGCCUCUUCCCCGACCUUUUGAGAGCUUGCGUGAUUUCUUCAACCGUACUUCUGAAGAGUGGCAGAAGAUUUUGCUUGAAACGUUUAAAACAAAGGGCUUGGAGCCGGAGAAGAAUAUCAAGGAACUGCGCAAGGAUGCAUUCAACAUUGCAGAAGAGAAGUGGUGGGAUAGCAGAGAAGAAGUCAUGGCUCUCGAAGAUGAACAGGAGGAGGCUGGAAUCGGCGAGGUUGUCAGCCUUGCCGAGAGAGAUAAUGCUGGCGGUGCUGGCCGGCGUCGGUAAUGCUGCGUCUGAAGCUGGUUUGGAAACAAAGAAACAUCUAUAUCCAAUAAAUAUUCACAUUAAAGUACACUGUUUCAUUAGUU